UAAGCGAGCGAGCGAGCGUGGAGCCUCCUCCUCCUCUUCACAUAAACACUCUGAUUCCCACAGAAAAACUACUCACACACUCAUUAACUCACACACGCACACACACACACACUCACACACAGGAGUCCCUGCUUGUUUUAAACUCUCGUGUUCUUGUCCGUCCCAUCCGUUUUUUACCUGUGGGACUGUCACUUUACAGCAGCACCUGGGACUGUACAUUCCUCUCUUGUGAGUGAAGCUCACACACUCCUCUGGACCUGCUGUGACCCUCGGCCCUCCACCGGUGGACUAUGCCCCCUUCGGUCAGCUGAGGGAGGGGGCUCUGCGCUGCUCAGGCUCCCGGCCGGAGAAGGCUUGGGCUGAAAUCAAAGAGGAGACGUGAGGUUAUUGCUGAAGAUGCAAGCUCCAACUGUCUCACCUGGGACCAACACUACAGCAACUUCAAACACAACCACCGUCACAAAGUCCAAAGAACAAAUACUCAUCCAGAGUUCUGGGGCAAUGAUUGCCAUCAUCGUCAUAGGGAUCAUAAUCAUUCUCGCCAUUCUACUGAUCAUUCUGAAGACAUACAACAGGCGGACACAUGUAUCCAGAGUCCUGGGAGUCAGCGGUGGCUCCAAACCUCUACCGAAGGUGACACAGUCCACGGUUCAGAGCAGCAUGCCACUGAGCCCCAUGGGAAUCGACUCUGUGUCGGGCGGGGUCGCCAAUUCAAACCCGGCCUUGGAAAACGGCUUCCGGCUGCCCCGGGCGGAGUUGAACAGCGUGGAGGGAAACCACAUAGAGCAGUUCAGCACCACCAGCGGCUCCACUGUGGUCACCAUACACGACACUCCAUCACUGGGAAACACAUAGCACCAAGACUGUGGUUUCGUCUCACAACAGGCAUCGACUGAUGCGUCGUCUUCGUCCGUGUGCACACAAACUGUGUGCCGACUGAAUCCCGUGGAAACUCAAUCCGAGACGACAGAGUUGUCACUGUCGGCCCUCACCAACUGAACCACUGCUGGUGACUGCAUGGUUAUACGUCAUUUUGGUGUACAAACAUACACAAAUGAAGAACAAAACUGUAACAGAAACAGACACAAUGGAUCAAGUGAAGGAUGCUGCAUGAUGGGAAGAGUUGUGAAGAGUGGCUUUUUGGUGUCAGAGUCAGUGUUCAGAUUAUAGAUGACAUUUAGUUUCCUACUGUUUUUUGUUGUGUGUUUUUGCUAUUGUUGUUGUUGUUGAUGUUCCAUCACUACUAAUACAAUGAAGAAAAUGUGUAGUAAAGACUGUAAUGGCUUGAAAUGUUGGUCUUAAAUGUGUACAUUUCUGUAUCAAGAAGAAUCAUAUAGGUUCAUGAGUAACUUUAGAAUUAGUAUAGUAAAAAAAUUGAUAAAAAAGACGUUGGAGGCUAACUCAUUGUGUAAUAGUGCAAUUCAGGAUAAACGUUGAUACAGCAGAUUUAUAUUGAUAGACAAUACUAUUCUCUCCGAUGAGUUUUUGUUUUAAGAUUAAGGAAAAACCACGUACAUUUAACAGACCACAGACAUAUUUUGUGAAACAUCUAGGUUGAUGUGCUUUCUUUUCUUUUAUAUGCCAACAGAUUUUGCACUUUAUUCUCGUAUUCUCCCUGUAUUUGUAUCGUUUGUGGCUCAUUAUUAAAUUAAAAUAAAUGAAAAUAAAAUGUAA